GGCUGCGGGCGGCCUGCGCGAGCGGCGCUCCGUGUGACGUCACUGCGCCGCGCCGGUAGGGCCGCGCUGCCGCCAUGGCCGACAUGGCGGAUCUGUUCGGCAGCGACGCGGACUCCGAGCCGGAGCACAAAGACUCCGAUUCUGGCUCUGAUUCCGAUUCCGAGCAGGAGAACGCUGGCUCCGGGAGCAACGCCUCUGGCAGCGACAGCGACCAGGACGACGACAGGGAGGCCAUCAAACCCAGCAACAAGGAGCUGUUCGGAGACGACAGCGAGGACGAAGGGGCAUCCCAUCACUCGGGGAGCGACAACCACUCCGAGAGAUCCUACAACCGCUCCGAGGGCUCGGGGCACUCGGAGCACGAGGACAACGAGCAGUCGGACGGCGAGCAGCACAGCGCGUCCGAGGCCGCGCACGACGACGACGAGGACGAGCGCGAGCACGGCUCCGAGGAGGGCAGCCAUCGCUCCGAGGGAGACGGCUCUGAGAAGGCGCACUCGGAGGAUGAGAAGUGGGGCAAGGAGGACAAAAGCGAUCAGUCGGAUGAUGAGGAGAGGCAGCAGAACUCUGAUGAUGAGGAGAGACAGCAGAACUCUGACGAUGAGGAGAAGGUGCAGAACUCGGAUGAAGAUGAAAGGCCACAGGUGUCUGAUGAUGAAGAAAGACUCCAGAACUCGGAUGAAGAGAAAAUGCAGAACUCUGAUGAUGAGGAAAGGCCACAGGCCUCAGAUGAGGAGAAGAUGCAGAACUCUGACGAUGAUGAAAGGGCCCAGCGGUCUGAGGAGGAGAAGAUUCAGAACUCUGAUGAUGAGGAACGGGCCCAGCAUUCCGAUGAGGAGGAGCAAGAGCACAAAUCUGUAGAGUCUGCAAGGGGCAGCGACAGCGAGGAUGAAGUUCUGCGAAUGAAGCGGAAGAAAACAAUUGCGUCAGAUUCGGAAGCAGAGAGUGACACAGAAGGGCAGAAAGAGCAUGCCGAUGUCAUGGAUCUGUUUGGAGGUGCCGAUGACAUUUCCUCAGGGAGUGAUGGAGAAGACAAGCCACCAACCCCAGGACAGCCCAUUGAUGAGAAUGGGCUGAGUCAAGAACAGCAGGAAGAAGAGCCUAUUCCAGAGACCAGAAUAGAGGUAGAAAUACCAAAAGUAAACACAGACUUGGGUAAUGAUUUGUAUUUUGUGAAGCUGCCCAACUUCCUCAGUGUGGAGCCCAGACCUUUUGAUCCCCAGUAUUAUGAAGAUGAAUUUGAAGAUGAGGAGAUGCUUGAUGAAGAAGGUAGAACUAGGUUAAAACUCAAGGUAGAAAACACAAUACGAUGGCGGAUGCGACGAGAUGAGGAAGGGAAUGAGAUCAGAGAAAGUAAUGCACGGAUAGUUAAAUGGUCAGAUGGAAGCAUGUCCCUCCAUUUGGGCAAUGAGGUCUUUGACGUGUACAAGGCGCCGCUACAAGGAGACCACAAUCAUUUGUUCAUCAGACAAGGGACAGGCCUGCAAGGACAGGCUGUGUUCAAGACCAAGUUAACCUUCAGGCCACACUCUACAGACAGUGCCACUCACAGGAAGAUGACUCUGUCUCUGGCAGACAGAUGUUCAAAGACCCAGAAAAUUCGUAUUUUGCCAAUGGCAGGCCGUGAUCCAGAGUCUCAGCGCACAGAAAUGAUCAAGAAAGAAGAGGAGAGGCUGAGGGCCUCCAUCCGCAGGGAGUCGCAGCAGCGGCGGAUGCGGGAGAAGCAGCACCAGCGGGGGCUGAGCGCCAGCUACCUGGAGCCCGACCGCUACGACGAGGAGGACGAGGGGGAUGAUGCAAUCAGUCUGGCAGCUAUCAAAAACAGAUACAAAGGUGGCAUCAGAGAGGAACGUGCUAGAAUCUACUCUUCUGACAGUGACGAAGGCUCAGAUGAAGAUAAAACCCAAAGACUACUCAAGGCAAAGAAACUUAAUAGUGAUGAGCAAGUAGUUUCACUGUUGCUGCAGUUAAUGGGGAUAUUCUGCUGAACAGGAAGAUGACUCAGUGAACAAUAGCCCAGCUAGAUUACAAGAGAAUGUUUGUUCUGAGGAAGAAGCUAUCAUUGAGAUUCCCACCCCUGUUAAGUUCUGUUUUCCCUGCUUAAAAUUCCUUCAUAACUGCGAUUCUCCCGGUACGUACUGAACACGUUAAUGUAGAAUCAAGUGCUUUUGGAUAAAUAAUUUUUCCUUGGAGUCCUGAAACACUAAAGUUCUAGAACUCAAUCUUUCCUCCUUAAAAUCCAAGCAAGUUGCUUUAAAAAAAAAAAAGCAAAACAAAAAAACUCCAAACCCACACUUCCAAAACCAACAAAUGGGAAAAGGGAUGAGGUUACUUAGGUCUGAGAGUAUUUUUGAAGAUACACUUCUUUUUCAACCACAGUUGAGUUACCACUUGUUCCUCAUGUCACUAUUGAUGAGUUUUGCCUGAACAACUUGUGAUUUAAAAUGUUGUUUGGAAGGAUGAUUCAAACUGAACUGGUGGAAAUGUGCAUGGAUCAAAAAUCAACCUGUUGACUCCAUGACCUAAAAACUGAAGAUCAGCCCUAUAAAAGUCUUUAUGGUGUUGCUUGUAAGCAGGUAAUUAACUCAGUAAUUUCAGUUCCUUUGACCAGCUCUUUGAAGCUUCAUAAACUAUAAGCCAUCACAUUUCUUGGACUGUUAACUGGUGUUGAUUCUGAAUGCCAAUGAUUCCUCCUAAUUUUUUUUCUUUAUGCUAGAGAGCAGUUAGUUUAGUUUUGUCUUUCUGAUGAGCAAAAUGCCUGCCCACUUCCUGAAUUCCUUCUUUGCUUCAGUAGCUCUGAUUCAGACCAUACAGGUAUAAACAGUCUGAAAACUUAGCAAAGCUGCAGGGGCUGCCUGAAGGGAAUGCAUCUGUAUGCAAAUUGGAGGAGGUGUCCAUGCUCAUGAGACCUGCUGAGAGUGCCCCUCACGCUGUAAAUGCAGACAAUGCAGAGAGAGACUCUGUGCAUGCCAUGCUCAGGCAGAGCAGGUGUGGAUGCAGGGCCAGCGAGGGGAUGGAGCUGCAGCUUCCUGGACCCUCCUGGUCUGUGUGUGACACUGGGAGCAGCCACUCAGUGCUGAGGGUAAGGACUGGCACAGAACCAGCCCUGCUUCACAGUAGCACAGAAUGGAAAAACUAGAACUAGUAAUUUUGCUUUUCUUACAAGAAAGACUUUGAGGUCUUUUUGUUGUUGUUCUGUGUUUUUUUUUUCUACUUUAACUGGAAAUAGGGUGGUUUAUU